GGCAAAUGACUCAGCUCUGUGAGCUGAUCAACAAGAGUGGAGAGCUCCUUGCGAAGAACUUGUCCCACUUGGACACUGUGCUUGGGGCUCUAGAUGUUCAAGAACACUCCUUGGGUGUCCUUGCUGUUCUGUUUGUGAAGUUUUCAAUGCCCAGUGUUCCUGACUUUGAAACCCUGUUCUCACAGGUUCAGCUUUUCAUUAGUACAUGUAAUGGCGAGCACAUUCGAUAUGCAACAGAUACGUUUGCUGGGCUUUGCCAUCAGCUAACAAAUGCACUUGUGGAAAGAAAACAGCCCCUUCGAGGAAUUGGCAUCCUUAAGCAAGCCAUAGACAAGAUGCAGAUGAAUACAAACCAGCUGACCUCAGUACAUGCCGAUCUCUGCCAGCUUUGUUUACUAGCGAAGUGCUUUAAACCUGCCCUUCCAUAUCUUGAUGUGGAUAUGAUGGAUAUCUGUAAAGAGAAUGGAGCCUAUGAUGCAAAACACUUUCUGUGCUACUAUUAUUAUGGAGGAAUGAUCUAUACGGGGCUGAAGAACUUUGAAAGAGCACUCUACUUUUAUGAGCAGGCUAUUACUACUCCUGCCAUGGCUGUCAGCCACAUCAUGUUGGAAUCCUAUAAAAAGUAUAUUUUAGUGUCUUUGAUAUUACUUGGCAAAGUACAACAGCUGCCUAAAUACACAUCUCAGAUUGUGGGUAGAUUUAUUAAGCCUCUCAGCAAUGCUUACCAUGAGUUAGCACAAGUUUAUUCAACCAAUAACCCAUCGGAGCUCCGGAACCUGGUGAACAAGCACAGUGAAACUUUCACUCGAGAUAACAACAUGGGCCUGGUGAAGCAGUGCCUGUCAUCUCUCUAUAAGAAGAACAUCCAGAGGCUAACAAAGACCUUUUUAACACUGUCAUUACAAGAUAUGGCAAGUCGUGUGCAGUUAUCUGGACCUCAGGAGGCAGAAAAAUAUGUUCUACACAUGAUAGAAGAUGGAGAAAUUUUUGCAAGUAUUAAUCAGAAGGAUGGUAUGGUCAGUUUCCAUGAUAAUCCUGAAAAAUACAAUAACCCAGCCAUGCUUCAUAACAUUGAUCAAGAGAUGCUAAAGUGCAUAGAGCUGGAUGAGCGGCUGAAGGCCAUGGACCAGGAGAUCACAGUGAAUCCCCAGUUCGUUCAAAAGAGUAUGGGCUCACAAGAAGAUGAUUGAAACUAACGCCCAUCCUGAGUUAACAGAAUUGUCACCUUGGCCUGGUGAGUGUGAAGAGGGCAGCAGGAAGUGCCAUGCCAGUCCCAUGCCGGUUCCACCUGGACAUUCAGAAAUUCAGUUUUAACAUCUUCAGUCCUAUUGCUUUCAGAAAACCAGUCUCUGCAAAGAAAGAAAAAAAUCAAACUUUAGAGUCUGAUGUGGAUUUAUUUAUCCUCAGAUUAUUGUUAUUAUUGCAUUAAAGUUACCUUUUUGUUUUAAUCCCUUGAA